AUGUCUUCCCAACCUGGAGCCGCGCCUGCGGCCGUCUCGAAGACUUCUGGAGGCAAUGCUGCCUACCACAACUUCCACAAUGACUUUAUUCACGUUCAGGACCCCAACGAGCGUCGCCGUCUCGCUCUUGCCGAGAUUGACAAGGCUCCCUUUGGCUGGUACCAUGUCCGUGCUGUCAUUGUUGCCGGUAUUGGUUUCUUCACUGAUUCCUACGAUAUCUUCGCCGUCUCCCUCUUGACUACUAUGCUGGGCAUAGUCUACUACCCCAGCGCUGGUAAACUCCCAACCAGCUCCGACAGUGCGAUCAAGCUCUCUACUUCGGCCGGUACCGUCAUUGGUCAGCUGCUUUUCGGAUGGCUGGCCGACAGGUUGGGCCGUAAGAAGAUGUACGGUAUUGAGUUGAUCAUUAUCAUCUUUGCGACUUUUGGCCAGGCCCUUGCCUCCGACUCUCCCUCGAUGAACAUUGUCGGUCUCAUCAUUUUCUGGCGUGUGCUGAUGGGUGUCGGUAUUGGUGGUGACUACCCGCUGUCCAGUAUCAUUACAUCCGAGUUCGCGACCACCAAGUGGCGUGGUGCGAUGAUGGCUGCCGUCUUUGCCAUGCAGGGUAUCGGCCAGCUCGUCUGCGCCCUGGUCAUGCUGUUCAUUACCCUCGGCUUCAAGGAAGCUCUCUUGCAGUCUACCAGCACAACCACCUGCGACGCCUGGUGCGCUGUCGCUGUUGACAAGAUGUGGAGAACACUCAUUGGUUUCGGUGCUGUUCCCGCUUGCAUCGCGCUCUACUACCGUCUUACCAUCCCCGAGACUCCUCGCUACACCUUUGAUGUUGGCCGAGAUGUCGAGAAGGCCAGUGACGAUGUCAAGGCCUACAUGGCCGGCAAGCACGAGGGUCACCCCGAUGAGGUUGCCCGUAUCCAGGCUCGUGAGGCUGCUCAGGAGCAAAUGCAAAUCCCCAAGGCUAGCUGGGGUGAUUUCUGCCGCCACUACGCCAUUCCCAAGAAUGGUCUGUUGCUGCUCGGUACCGCUGGAUCUUGGUUCAUGCUGGACGUUGCUUACUAUGGUCUUUCGCUCAACAACGCUACCAUCUUGGGUGUCAUUGGCUACUCUACUAAGGGCGUAACAAGCACCUACCAGUAUCUCUACAACACCGCCGUCGGUAACCUGAUUAUUGUUCUUGCAGGUGCUGUGCCUGGCUACUGGGUCUCUGUUGCUACCAUUGAUACUCUCGGCCGCAAGACGAUCCAGCUGAUGGGUUUCAUCAUUCUUACCAUCCUGUUCUGCGUCAUGGGCUUCGCCUACAACUACAUCUCAGUGCACUCCCAGAACGGCCUGCUCGCCAUCUACGUCCUGGCGCAGUUCUUCUUCAACUUUGGUCCCAACACCACGACUUUCGUUGUCCCCGGUGAAGUCUUCCCUACGCGAUACCGUUCUACUUCGCACGGUAUUUCAGCCGCCUCCGGCAAGAUUGGCUCCAUCAUUGGCCAGGGCGCUAUUGCCACCCUUCGCACCCGUGGCGCCCCCGCCGGUUCGAGUGAUGCCCCCUGGAUGGACCACGUCCUUGAGAUCUACGCCCUCUUCAUGCUGCUCGGUGUCUUCACUACCUUCUUUAUCCCCGAGACCAAGCGCAAGACCCUCGAGGAGCUUUGCGGCGAAGACCAACCUGCUCCUGCGUCUGCCCACUCUGAGGGUACCGGCAGCGGUGUCCUGGAGACCAAGCCCGAGGGCGUUGCUCACUAA